CAGAGAGAAUCACAGCUACACAGAGGCAGAAGGUACAGAGUUCUUGUCUCUUAUUGUCAAGUUUGGAGGUCCAGGUAAACGAACUAACUGAAAGCUAGCUGACAAAGGGGUUACACGUGUCAAUCGGUGUUCACUAGCCUAGAGUAACCUAGCAGUAACGGUAAGCCCGAUUUCUCCAGCAAGUGUUCGCUUCCACGGGUUAUUUAUAGCUACAAUUCCAUUUUCAGCAAAAAAUGCCGUUGAACAGAGAGGAAUGAUGAAUCGUUGCUGGCAGCAGUAUCUGAGUCCACCUGGAAGAGGUGGGUGAGACACUGAAUCUCUCCAUCUGCAACUGUUACCAUCUUCACACCCUCACAGCACAUUGAAGGGUUAACCGGAGCCCAACUAGGACAAGGGUUCAUUCUCGAACUGAAACAUCUGAAGAGAACUCCCAGGCAAAUAUUGGGGACUGGUGGUGAACAUUCAGAGGAGCUUUUGAACAGCAUCUUCACAACACUUGGGAGAGUCUUUUCUGUUUGCUGUUCGGUCAUAUUCCAGACUCCGUGUAAGAGUGGAGGAACACAGUAACAGGUAUUGGAAUCCUGACUGUGAAUGGCUGUCUUAGUAAUUCACUCACUGAUACUGCGAUCUUAGAAAUGAAUUGUACUGGUCUGUGCCUCAGUACCAAGGUUACAAAUGGAUAUCUCAAUCAUACUUUGCACGUGUCCAAUCUGACUGCACCCAUCUUAAAUGGAACACCAACAGCAGGAGAUGGCACAGACUGCGAUGAUGAAUUUCUGCAGUACAUAUGGAGGGAGUAUCUCUAUCCCAAACUGUAUGAAUGGGUCUUUAUUAUUGGAUACAUUAUUGUGUUUUUGGUGGCACUUGUUGGCAAUAUUUUAGUGUGCUUCGCAGUGUGGAAGAACCACCACAUGCAGACUGUGACAAACUACUUCAUUGUAAAUCUGUCCCUGGCAGACAUUCUGGUCAUUGCUAUCUGCCUUCCUGCCAGCCUGCUGGUGGAUAUUACUGAAACCUGGUUUUUCGGUCAAACCUUCUGCAAAGUGAUACCCUAUUUACAGACAGUGUCGGUGUCUGUGUCAGUACUGACUCUCGGCUUCAUAGCUCUCGAUCGAUGGUAUGCAAUUUGCCACCCCUUAUUGUUUAAAAGCACAGCCAGCAGGGCAAGGAACAGCAUCGUUGUAAUUUGGAUCAUAUCCUUGGUGAUCAUGAUUCCUCAAGCUGUUGUCAUGGAGCAGAGCAGUGUCAUUCCUGAAUUAGCCAACAAAACCCUCCUUUUUACAGUCUGUGAUGAGCAGUGGGGAGAUGAUGUCUACCCUAAGGUUUACCAUGUUUGCUUUUGUGUAGUGACCUACGUGGCUCCCCUAUCUUUGAUGUUUCUGGCAUACUUUCAAAUAUUUAGAAAGCUUUGGUGUAAACAGAUCCCGGGAACAUCAUCAGUUCCACUUACGUGUAAGUGGAAGCCCCGCUCAGCACUUUGUUCAACUCACUCACAAGAUGGCCCAUCACAGAGGACAUUCGCUGCUGAGAUAAAGCAGAUGAGAGGACGGAGAAAGACCGCUCGCAUGCUAAUGGUGAUGCUGCUAGUAUUUGCAUUGUGCUACCUCCCCAUCAGUAUCCUCAAUAUUUUGAAGAGGGUCUUUGGAAUGUUUGAACACUCUGACAGGGAUACUAUCUACGCCUGGUUCACUUUCUCUCACUGGCUUGUUUAUGCAAACAGUGCUGCCAACCCCAUCAUCUACAACUUUUUAAGUGGAAAGUUUCGCCAAGAAUUUAAGGCUGCAUUUUCCUGCUGUUUCGCUGGAGUUCAUUCGCAUAAGAACUUCAAAGACCAAGCAAGUUCAAGAAGCCGAAAAUGAAGACUAACCAGGUCAGCACUGCACACACAUUUUCUGAGCAUUUUGUCAUUGAUCACCCAAUUCCAGUCACCUCUAACCCCACGGUACAUCUAAAUAGAAGAUCAUAGGAGAUUGAUCAUAUAGAACUUACUCUACCUGAUCACCAGUCAGUAUCAAUAGAAAGUGUGGAUGGAAAUUUCCCCUCCUUGAUGUGGUGUGGCAAUGAUGAGAAAAGUGGGAUAAAAAUUAUCUCAACAUCGAGAAA